CAGCGCCGGGCUCCGGGUAUGGAGCCGGAACGCCGCGUCCUGCUCAUCGGGGAGGGCAACUUCUCCUUCGCGGCCUCCCUGUGCGGGGCCGAGGGAACCCACGUCGUGGCCACUUGCUACGAGAGCGAAGAGGAGGUGUCCGGGUGUGGGGGAGCCGCGGGGAACAUCCGACGGCUGCGGGAGAGAGGAGCUGAAGUUAUGUUUUCAGUGGACUGCACCAAGCUCAAGGACUAUUUUUUACCAGGAAAAAGAGAAUUUGACUGUAUUUAUUUCAACUUCCCGCACUGUGGGAGAAAGGCUGGAGUAGUGAAGAACAGAGAACUUCUUGCCAGCUUUUUCCAUAGCUCCGCAGAAGUGCUGUCAGAGGAGGGAGAGGUCCAUGUGGCUCUUUGCAAUGGACAGGGUGGGACGCCUGCUGAUCAACCAAGGAGAGAAUGGCACAACAGCUGGCAAAUAGUGGCUGUGGCAGCAGGAGCUGGAUUUAUCUUGAGUAACAUUCAUCCUUUUAAAGCAGAGACUAUCCGUGGAUAUAAGUGUACAGGCUACAGGAGUCAAGAUAAAUCUUUCUGUGUAGAGGGUGCUUUAAACCACGUUUUCACACGAAGCAUGCCACUUCCGUAUUUCAAACCUAUGAGCUGCGAAAUAGAACUGGAAAACCGAAGAGUUUCUUUUCAAGUACCACAGGUACUUGUGGAUAAAAUCAAUAGGGGUUUCCUAGAACCAAAUUCAAAUCAUCCCGUACGGACACUAAAGGAGAAGCUCACUGAAGAGCUUGGCCAAGCCUUUCCAUUACAAAACAUUGACUCCUGCCCUUCUCUGCUCCACCAAGGUCAACUCAAUGGUGUUUGUCACUCAAAUAUCUUUUGGAUCUUUCUGAGCCCAGAGGAGACUCCAAGCCCUGAAGAAAUGUCUAAUGGGCUGGCAGAUGCAGUUUUAUUUCACCAUGUUGAUUUUUGCAAGGGUGCAGAUAAGAAUGUCUGCGGGAAUGUACAAGAGGAAUGCCACAUUUCAAAGCAGUAUUAUCUUAGACCUUCCCUUCUACCUUAUGCUCAGGCAGUAAUACAAAAAGAAGCCUUUCUCCCAGAGACACUUCAUGUUAUUUCUGGCCUGGUUUUCAGGAAGUGUUUUAUCACUCCUUACUCCAUGCCUGUUUUUCAUGAGAUGGUUUUUGUAUGUGCCGUUAACAGAGGUACAGAGAAAAGCUAUAUCCAGAUGUUGGUGAAUAACAUUAAAACCAGCAUACAUUCUCUUCACCAGACUGUUUCCAGCUUUAAACUGAGCAUCAACUUGCAGGAAGCAACGAGCUUUGAAACAACUGAGCUAAAUGACUUUGCUGCUUUUGAAUCUCAGCUUAGUAAAAUUCAGUACUUAAUCUGUGUGGAGACAGAUACUUCAGGCUUCCCUGAGAAGGGCUCCUGUGUGGGAGUUAUAAGGACAGCUCAUGAACUAGUAAGCAGUGAAUUGGUUGUUGUCUUUGCUUCAUUGAACCUUGACAUCCUAGCCAUGCUGAUCUGUGGAAUAUGUGAUUGGCGAAUGCUCUGGACAUCAGACAAUCGGUUCCUCCCUCAAUUUCCCAGAGGAGAAUUAAGGCUGUUCAAGAGCUUUUCUCUCUAUCCACCUUCCUACGUGCAUGAUGUCAGCUUUUGGGUUCCUGAUGGGGAACAGUUUGAUGAAGUUGCUUUUCACACCAUCGCUAGGCAGGUGUCGGGUGAAACAGUCAUAUCCAUCCAGUUAAUCGACAGUUUCCAGCAGUCAGAGACAGGACGGAAGAGCUUCUGCUACAGGCUGACCUUUCAGUCCUGUGACAAGGCACUGAGCCGUCAGGUGGUGGCAGAGAUGCAACUGCUCUUCCGGAAGGAAAUAAACCAACACUUGCGUGUAACUCUUCGAUAGAACCUUGUACGUUGUUUUCAGGUGC